CGUCGGCAUGGAAAAUAAUGACAAGAUCUUUGAACUUUCGGAUGAACUGGAAGCCUUGAAGGCUCGCAAGAUUAGCGAUUUUUUCAUUGAGAAAUCCAAGAUUGCUCUCUACUUACAUUUUCUCAUCGCCAGAAAGAAAAAAGUCUCCAAGGAAGAGAUACUUACAGCCCUCAAGAAGUCUUUGAAUCAAAAGAAGAAAGGAGAAAAGGGGAAGAAAGGCAAGAAAACUGUCGGAAAGAAGAGGCAAAAGAAGGGUAAAACAAUGAAGAAAAGUGUUCAGAAACGUAAAAUUAAAUAGAAUAAUUGUCAUGGAAACAUUGUUUGUUGAGGAAGAAAAUGGAGACGCUCUUGAAGACAGGAAUAGGUGUUCUUUUGGAAAAUUCUGUAGAUUCACUCUUGAUCAUAAACCGGGGACGGAAAACGCUGAAGAAAGUGGUUCAGAAGCGUCCGAUUCAGGAGCGUUUCCGGGAGAGAAUUCAAAGUGGCGUUAAAUCGAGUCCGGGAAAGGUGCACAGUGCUCUGGAGGCAGUUGGAAAGGGGAUGAUAUUUAUGAAAUUGGAAGAAGAUAUUGACUUCUUUAGAUACGCCCUGGAAGAAACAGUGAUGCAAGGAUUUCCUCAGCUGAGAGGCGUAAUCGAUAUGAUUCACAAGGAGGGAAGAGAAGAGUACGAAAUAAUUGAGGAAUACAAUAAGAACAAGAAACUGUCCCUGUAUCUGGAGAAGAAGCUGCGAAAGGACUCUGAGGAUUGUCGGAAGCGCCUCAAGGAUUGCGAUGAGAAGUUGAUUGAUUUGCAAAAUCAGCAAAAGGAUUGUGAACUCGAGAACGCCAUGAGAUGCCGAUUGGUAUUGAAAUGGGAAGCAACUCGCCACGAACAGGCUCAGUCUCUGUAUGACAAGGAGCAUAACACUCUGCUGCUGAGCAUCCGGGAAUUCGAGAGAAAAUCAAAUCAAGAGGAGAGGAUCAUGAGUGAAAUGGAUGUGUUCAGUCAUCACCAGAUUGAUAAAUUGGAAAGCAUGACUCAGUUUUGGAUUGAGCGAUACAACAGGGAACUUGUGGAGUUGGAUGAGAAGCUGAGAUUGGCUAGAAUUCAAAUUGAGAGUCUUCAGAUGUGCAUAAGGGACAUGCAGGAUUCCUACAAUGGUCACCAGGAGGAAAUUGAUGAGUAUCUCGAACAGAAGCGUCUGGAAGAUGAAGCUCGUCGCUUAGAGCAGAAGAAAUGGGACAGCGCUGUGAGGAUUCAGGCCUGGUGGCGCGGAACGAUGGUGAGAAACUGCCUGGGACCGUAUCGCAAGAAGAAGAAGGGUAAGAAGGGAAAGGCAGCAAAGAAGAAGAAAUAA